GUUGAUCCACAACUCCACUAUUCUCCACUAAUAGAAGAAAAAAUAAAAAAAAGAACAGCAAGCUAUCACAUGGCUCCAACAAUGGCGGCACCAGAAGAAGAGCUGAGGAAGAGGAACCAGGAGUUAGAAAAGGAAUUGAAGGAGAGUAGGGAAAGAGAGGAGCAGAUGAGAAAGGAAUUACGAAAGAUGUGGGAAAGGCUGAGGGUGGCGGAAGAGGCGGAGGAAAGGCUCUGUUCUCAGCUGGGUGACCUGGAAGCAGAGUCCGUCAAUCAGGCCCGUGCUUUCAACGCCCACAUACUUUCCCUCAUGGACCAGCUCUCCAAGGGUAGCAACCUUCUCAUCAACAGCCACCCAUCCCCUGCAUCCAUCUCCAUCCUCUGAUUUUUCUUUUGGCUGGUGUUUUUUUUUUAUCUAUCUAAGCAAAGGCAUGGGGCUUCUAAAUCCGUUAACUUUGAGUAUGGUAUGGAUCCGUACAUAGUAUUUGUUCUAGUUUUUUGCUUUAAUUGGAAAAUGUUAGGCCGAGAGGCAGUGGCGGAUAUGCCUCAGUUUUCUAGCUGUUUCGAAUUGUGAAACUCAAACAAGCAAACGUUGGGCCGCGUAAUAUCAUAUUUCUUGUUCGUCAUGUAUUUCAGUAUACGAGUUGCGUUCGUAUUAUGGAUUUAUUGAAAACUAUUUCUUUUA